UAGACGUUUUCUUAGGAAGCUUACCAAAUUUUUCUUCGAAAACUUACUUAUCGAUAAUUUAACUAUCUUAGCCAUAAAAGUGGACAAAGAUAAUCGCGCGCGAUCAAAUAAUGUAUCCGACGGUGGAUCCAACAUAGUUAUCCGUCGGGCCUAUGAUAAAUCUAAUUCGUCGCAGCCAUCCCUAACCUCAACGAUGAACGACGCAGACCGUGACCAAGCAAAACGACGAAAGUACUCGAAUGGUAACCUGCCACCUUCCGCUAGCAGCUCUAGCCAGCUGACACAACCGAUGGUCGAGACGCACAAUGUGUAUGAAUCCCUAGCCUGCAUGGACGAGGACAGCGCCGGACCGAACAACGCACACACGCAGCAGAAAACAGUGUCUAACAGAGCAAAGGGAAACAGACUACCUCCGAUUUCUAUUAUCAACAAAGGUACCAAACACAUUCGGGAAUUAUUCAACUUGGCGAAUAUUCCACAAAGCAGCUACCACAUGAAAGCGCCUGGUAUAACUGCGCCCAAAGCCACAGGAAUAAAAUACAGGUAAAGCAAAACCGACUGCUUAAGAUGAUACUGGAUCUUGAACCAUCCCAUCCAACGGUGGACGUCCACAGGAUUGCUGGAGUCGAGCAACUGAACGAUUGGUUUACGAGACUGCUGCCUAAAUUCAACCUAAGCUGCUCAUCGUCAACGAACCCGCUACUGCAAGAACUGGCAGUUUAGCUCGCUGUGAUAUUAGUUUAUAAGUAGAAUACUCCAUUUCCCUUUUUUGUUUUUCUUAAACUAAAUCAAAUUCGAAGGUUUUUUUUUCAUAAGAACAUUUUCCUUUCAUAGCUAAAUUAUUAAGUAGAAUGUAAUUGAACAAAUUGUGCAUAGAACUAUAUACUGUUGCAAGGGUUUUCCAAAUCUCAGUCAAGAAAACUAAACACAAAAUGUAUUUUCCACAGUUUAAAAACAAAUAAAAAUAAAUAUAAAUAAAAAAUAUUUUGUUCAGGAUUCACUCUCCUUAUGUCGAUAUGUUCAAAUUUUUAGGCUACCAUAGUCUAUAGACCAUCUUUGGACAAUAACAAACACAUCAACAACAGGAAAACGACAUUUAUUUUGUUGUCAUUUUUCAUAGCAACGAGCUUUUUUGGAUCUAGUACACAUCUAAAUUUUCCUUCCAAUCCUCGAUCUCUCCCUAUCUCCGAUGGUCCCUUCAAUAUCGAGAUGUGGAGAGCCGACUGUACUACAUUUUCCCAUUUUUUGACCGCCUGUCAAUCGAAUGACUCAAUUCGUGGCGUGUUCAAUUCAAAAUGUCAAUUUAUUAGUCAAGCUUUUGCCACGCCGCACUCUAGAUCAAUUUUUGUGCAAUCGCAUUGGGUUUCAUUACAACUUACCCUAUCACUUUAUUUUAAUGAUUUUUCAACUUUUCCGGACAAAUAUAUAAAUACAGCUGAUCUCAAGACGAACCGAUUAGUGGAAAAAACUUGCAAGUCAGUCCAUUUGUUCAAAAGUUAUAUGGCUUCAAAGGAAAUGCAAACUCCUUUUAUUAUGUACACUGCGUUGCUCAGAUUCGGAACAUUUGCUUUUCAACUGUACUUUUUUUUUACAGCAUCGCAGCACACUAGAUUGGUUUACAUACGAUCCUUCUAAAUUUUUAUUACAACUGAUCAACUUUUUCGCAUUUUCGUGGUUCUCGAGUUAUCCCAGGGGAAAUAUCUGCCUUUCUUUAUAUGGCUGGGGUUCUGCCAAAUCGCUCUAAGCGCCAACAAAAAAUUGUCAGACGGAAAGUCUCAUCGAUUGGUA